GAUGAGCGCUGCUCUACAGCCUGUGCUUCAGGAGAGGAGUCAUGGACGCAGUGUCGCAGGUGUUCGUCUGAGCAGAUCUGGCCUGUAUUUGAAGUCUCUGUGAUCAGCUGAAGUGCUUUGUGUUGAGAUAAUGAGCAGCGGUACUCCUUACAUCGGCAGUAAGAUCAGUCUGAUCUCUAAAGCUCAGAUUCGCUAUGAGGGAAUAUUAUACACUAUUGACACGGAUAACUCCACCGUGGCUCUGGCGAAGGUGAGGUCUUUUGGGACGGAGGGGCGGCCGACGGACCGGCCCGUGCCGCCGAGGGAUGAGGUCUUCGAGUACAUCAUCUUCAGGGGAAGUGACAUCAAAGACAUCACGGUCUGUGAGCCUCUGAAGAUUCACCACAGUCUUCCUCAGGACCCUGCUAUCGUUCAGUCGUCUGUGGGGUCGGUCCAUUACCCUGCGUCUCAGGCCGGCUACAGCCCUUACCGGAGCGUGCUGCCCUCCUACAGCCAGCUGGCCGCCAGCUCGCUCCUCAGCCAGCAGUACGCCGCCGCCCUGGGCCUCGGCUCUGGUGUUCCUGUGAGGAGAGGCCCGAUGGUGGAGCAGGCGGUUCAGACGGUGCCUGCGGAGCAAGCGGUGCAGAAGAAGGGUUUGUCUGGAGCGCAGCAGCAGGGAGGAGAGCCGGGCCGAGCGCAGAGGACCAGAGCCCCAGCCCCGGCACCGGCCCCGGCCCAGAGAGCGGCACAGCAAGGAGCCUUGAAGGGACCGAGUCCAGCCAAUGACGAGAACAAGCCUCCAGGCAGCAGGAGAAAACAGGGAGCUCGCCGGUCCAGGAACCGCGGCCGAGGUCAGAUCCUCGUAGGCAACACCAAGCCCAGCACCCUGCAGUUCGAGUCGGACUUUGACUUCGAAAUGGCAAACGCUCAGUUUAAUAAAGACGACCUGGAGAAGGAGAUCGAAGAAAAGCUCAGUGUUCAAGAACCGAAGGAGAGCCCGGAGGAAAGGAGCGAUAAAGAGCAGGAGAAGCCUGUCCCUGAGAGCGAGAGCCCUGCUGAAGAGGAUCCACUCGGGCCCAAGUGCUUUUACAAUAAAGCCAAGUGCUUCUUCGAUAACGUCUCCUCAGAGCUCAAGUCGAGGCGUACCACGUGGGCUGAGGAGAGGAAGCUGAACGUGGAGACCUUUGGGGUCCCCGGGCGGUUUCUGAGGGGCCGUGGGUUUCGGGGUAAUUACAGAGGGAGACGGGGCCGAGGGGCAGCGCAGCAUCCCGUCCCACAGAGAGUAGGGAGCGGGCGGCUGUGAGAUCUCUCUUCAUCUAAUCGACUCCUGAUGCACUGAAAUCCCACUCGCCGCUGCAGAUGCUUGCCACUCGUUCUGAGUGAACGGCAACUACUUUGGCUUAAACGUGCCUCUUUCCUCCAGAUACACCGCCUUCCUCCGGGACGUGGCUGACUUGCUCUCGUCUGAGUUUGGUUUCCGGUGUCGGAGAUCUUCAGUGGUAAAUAUCACUAGACUGUUCUCGUCAUCUCGCCCUCCUGUGAAAAAUGGCUACAUUGAUUGUUAGUUUUCAUUUGAUGUUUAAACGGCCUUUUCCUUUUUGUUUAAUGUGAAGAAACUCUCGGCUUUAAUGUGAAUGCACCUUAAUCUAUCAGUGAUUUUUGCAUUUGAACUAGGAUGGCACUUUUAUUUGUAUGUACGGCCAAUUUAAUGGCUAUACAGGAAUAUCCAUUUAGAUGGAGUAGAUGAACUUCAGCCUAUGGUAUGUGGUCCCCAAUAAUUAUUUAUUACCUUUUUUUUUUUUUUUUUUUUCCAUGUGUGUAAAAUUGUAAGGGGAUCUUGUUCUUG